AUUUCAUCACACACAGUUUACACAUUAUAGAUAAAAGAUAUACUAACUUAAAAAUCAUAUAAUUUCCAUAUGAUAUCAAAGCUAUGUAAAAGAAAUAUUAUUUUUAGGUGUACCGGUAUUCAUACAAAGAAUCGAGUAGAAAAUCGAUUUAAGCAAGCAGCACUAGACGUGUUGAAUGUGUCGUAUUUUUGUUUGGGGUGGGGGAUUAUUGUUUUUGACCAAUCACAGCGCUAGAACCGGCAUGAAGACGGUGGCGUGAUCUUUACGUCACACUGUAUAUACCGCCAUAGGCCAGUAUAGCACAAACUAAUCAAUAAAAUACCUCACACUAAAGAGAAUACAAUAUGCUGAGACAAAAAAAAUUAAGCAUGUUCAAGAACUAUAAGGACAUAGGCGAUGUUGUUUCUCUGCUGGUUUAUUGCCCUAAUGAUAGGAGUUAUCUCCUCACUAAAGAAGCAAGCGGGGAGCUGUGGAUACCUUCUAGUAAAUGCGAAAAGAGCUGCUGGAAAAUUACCGCCAGUAAAAUUCAUAAUGAGUUGUUCGGAAUCGACACCAUUUCUGCUUGCCACCCGCUGCGUGUGUACAAGAUUUGGCUUCCGAACCACACGCUGCAAUGCGUCUACCAUGCCGUUUAUAAAGUAACCGUCAAAAGUGAUUACCGGAAGCGCUUGAAGUUCAAAUCUGGUAUGCGAAAUCGGCUGCAGUGGAUAAACACGGCAGACCUAGAGCGACAACGUGCUCACUCCAACCUCCGAAGCCCCGAAAUUGCAGUAUUCGCCUUGAUGGCCAUUGGAGACAACGUUAAAGAUUCAGAAAUUAUGGUGAACUUACAAGAGUUAGACUCCGGUACAUUGGUUGAAAUUUGUGAAGAAAAUGUGAUAAUUGGCUCUGGUUGUUUAGCUGAUGCGGCCUCUGGAGCGGUGGCCAUGAUGACUCCUAACGUACAACUAUUGACAGCUGCCGGUUACUCCAUAGAAGAUCAAGUGAGGAUGUAUCGAGAGUUUGUGCUCAUGGUGUACCCUGCCAUCUACAUGAGUGUCAGCGUGUUUUCUCAGUUUAUGAUUGACCUUGGCUGGCAAAGGACACAAUGUCCGAGUCUCUUCAGGGCUGCAGAUGUAACAGGCCGCGGAGGACUCUCCUUUUUAGAGCUCAUGUUGUGGACAGCUGCGUUGGAACCUUCCACACAACACUCUGGCGUAGCUGCGGACAUUAGGUGCAGAUAUAUCUUCAGGUACUUCGAUAAUAAUCGCGAUCAGAAGUUGGAGUACGUGGAGUUCAAAGAGUUAGUGGCAGCGGCUCGCGCCGCGCGUCAGCUGCCUAUUGAUGCUCUCAGCGUCGCCAGGGAUGCUGACGUCUGUCUCAGACAACUAGGCUUACAGCCUAACUCCCAACUGCCGUUAGCAGAAUUUCUGCGAGGGAUCAGUGAGUUACGACUGAGAGGAACCAGUUCACUGCUGCGGGCGCCGAGAGGGAUCUCAUCGUACCUUGCUGAUUUACAGAAUAGGGAUAGGGACCAAGUAGUGGCGGGAUUAAAGAGAACUACAUUAUCUGCAAAUUCGAACAAAACCCAAGGUAGUGCUAACGGUGAAGAAAGAUCUGCUAAAAACUCAGGCACGGCGCCGGCGGCGAGCGGCGGGCCGGCGGAGGGCACGCGCGCGUCGGGCGGGCCGCGCGCCUCGGGCGGCCUGCAGGCUGCGUGCCACACCGCGCGCCCGGACUACUGCGUGGCCGUGUUCACCGUGCGCAUGCGCCGCCGCCCGCCCAACGAGAUGCUCGAGCUCAACAACUUUGAUGUUCUUUAUCCAGAAGACGCCGUGAGUCCUUCGACGGCGCGACUCAUGGUGGCAGCCGUGCAGUCGUUUGACGUCCUCGGUCCCAGUUCGGUUCCCGUGGAGGCUCUAGCUGCUGUGCAUUAUUUUGCUAGCACUAUUGAAAAGCCACAAAGGCGUCCUUCAGGCGGCAGCAUGCUCCACAUGUCCAAACAAGCUUGGUCCUGGACGCUACCGUCCGAGGAGGUGGCCAUGGGGUCCCUGCUGCUGCGCCUCGCUGAGGCAGUUCGUCCGAUCUGUGCCAAAGAACCGAGACUACUCAGACUUGCUUCCCCUGUCUAUGCUGUCGGUGACCUGCACGGCAACUUGAGCGCCCUGCUGUCCAUGGAGUCGGCGCUGUGGCCGGGCGGGCUGGCGCUGGCGGCGGCGCGCAUCCUGUUCCUGGGGGACUACGUGGACCGCGGCGCGCACGGGACCGAGCUCAUGGCCUACCUGCUGGCCGCCAAGCUGCAGCGGCCCGAGGCCGUGCUCAUGGUGCGCGGCAACCACGAGACCAGGGACAUACAGAAGAUGUUCACCUUCUACAAUGAAUGUAUUAUGAAAUAUGGGGAUUCUGAAGGCAAUAAAAUAUGGACCGCGAUCAAUAAUGUGUUUGAUGUGCUCCCGUUGGCAGCUGUUGUCGAUGAAAAGGUGUUUUGCUGCCACGGAGGAAUCCCACCUCCCUGGGUAUGCCCUCUCAUAACUGCCAUCGAUAAGAUACCUGUGCCACUGACAAAGCCAGCCGAACAGAGCUCAAUUGCUUGGGAGCUGUUGUGGAACGAUCCUAUCAAGCCAAACAAGAUGACAGCGACGCUGCAGCUAGAGCUGGCUUCCAACGAGGGCUUCGCGGCGAACGCCAAGCGCGGCACCGGCCACGUGUUCGACCAGAACGCGCUCGACCGCUUCCUGCUCGCCAACCAGCUGUCGCACGUCGUGAGGGCACAUGAAAUGCACCAGAGUGGAUUCAUGUGCCAGCUCCGAGGGCGGCUGAUAUCAGUGUUCUCGUCGUACCGUUACUGCGGCGGCAGUAAUGACUCCGGCGUCGCUCUCCUCGAGGGCGGGAAGCUUCGCCUGCUGCGGGUCAAUGCAGACUGACAGAUCCACACGCCAAUGAUACGUAGCACGAGCGGUUUUAAGCACUCGUUAGUCGUUAGCUAUUAAUAUAAUACUAGCAUGCCAAAUUCAAAAGAUGUUUAUGUAAUGUCCCAAAUUAGGUAUUACAUGUUGUUCCUAAGAAUCUAUCCUGAGUGUAAAUUAAUGUAACUGAAGUGUGUACUUGCGACAUCUUUUUUUAAUAAAUUCAAGGAUCUAUGUUGAAAAUAAAAUACAAGAGGA